ACCAAAAACAAUGGCAAUAUGCACUACUCUAGUACUCUUAGCUACCUAGCGCGCUUACCUCCCAGAAGAACUCACAAAUCUAGCUAAAAGCUUGUGUGCUACUAAAAUUGCGUUUGAAGAAUAAUUAUAGUCUCUUAGCUAGCAUAUAUAAUGAGCCAAAAAAUAGUUUUAAUGCUUCUUUUGGUGGCCAUGGUUGGCACCACCAUGGUGCAAGGCCAAGGCACUCGUGUUGGGUUUUAUGCAACGACGUGCCGUAGGGCUGAAUCCAUUGUUCGGGCAACAGUCCAGUCUCAUUUCACGUCUGAUUCCUCUAUUGCACCUGGGCUGCUCAGGAUGCAUUUCCAUGAUUGCUUUGUGAAUGGUUGUGAUGCUUCCAUCCUCAUUGAUGGCUCUAAUACUGAAAAAACUGCUACGCCAAACCUUCUGUUGAGAGGAUAUGAGGUCAUUGCUGAUGCCAAGACUCGGCUUGAAGCUGAGUGCCCUGGCGUUGUCUCAUGUGCAGACAUUCUAGCCCUUGCUGCUCGUGAUUCUGUUGUUUUGGCAAAUGGACUCACUUGGCCAGUGCCCACAGGACGGAGAGACGGUAGGGUUUCAUUGGCAUCCGAUACAUCUAAUUUGCCAGGUUUCACCGACUCCGUUGACGUGCAGAAACAGAAGUUUGCAGCAUUUGGUCUCAACGCUCAAGAUCUUGUUACCCUUGUUGGAGGACACACCAUAGGAACCACUGCUUGUCAAUUCUUCAGGUACAGACUGUACAAUUUCACUACAACAGGAAAUGGCGCGGACCCAUCCAUCAACCCUUCAUUCGUCUCUCAACUACAGACACUCUGUCCACAGAAUGGUGAUGGGUCAAGGCGUAUUGCUCUAGACACUGGUAGCCAAAAUCGUUUUGAUUCAUCUUUCUUUUCAAAUUUGAGAAAUGGUCAAGGAAUACUUGAAUCUGAUCAAAAGUUAUGGACUGAUGCAACCACAAGAACUUUUGUCCAGCGCUUCCUUGGUGUCAGAGGCCUGGCUGGGCUUACGUUUGGUGCGGAGUUCGGCAGGUCCAUGGUCAAGAUGAGUAACAUCGGUGUGAAAACCGGCACUAAUGGUGAAAUUCGAAGAGUGUGUUCUGCUAUAAAUUGAACAAUAUUCGUUUCGAAAUCUAUUAAUGUAUCGUUGUUUUCAUCUUAAUCUUUCCAUUUUUCUGUUUACCCGACAAGAUCUGCGAUAAAGUUCAUAAUAAUUAUAUGUAUCCUAUUGCAAGAAUGGGACACAAAUCAAAAGGUCAAGAAUUAAUUAGAUAAGGUUGAUUACUUUUCAA